UGGUGGUUGUUGUGAUGGUCAGGUUUCGCGGGCACUCUUUGACAAGUCUCCUGCAUAUUAUCUCCUGUCUGCAUUUCCGCUGAGGAGAGUGGCCUUCUGCAGCGACAUGGGGUGACGGGAGUAGUGCUACAGGAGGAGUGAGGCACCACAAACACGCCGCCACUGCAGCACAACAAAGACCCCAGCAGGUGACACUGGCUUGGUAGUGGAGCGAGAGGGAACUUCUGCCAGUUUUGAUAUACAUGAGUGCAAGACAAAGAUGGCAGCAAGGUUGAGUUUCCAGCUGGACCAGUGUCAGCGUCGAUUUUUGUUCUCUGCAAUAUCUUCAGAUUUGGAAAAGUCUCUUCAGCAGAAAAUUGAAAGCUUACAGGGCAGAGUUGUGCUUCCUAUAACAAACUCCUUUUCAUCGCUGUGUACACAUGUUAUUGCCCAAGAGUUUUCACCCACUGAAAAGGUUUUGGGUGCUCUAGCUGGAGGAAAAUGGUUACUGACAGUCAGUUACAUCCAAGAUAGCUAUAAGAAGGGUUACUGGCUCAGUGAAGAAGAUUAUGAAUACACCAACUUCAAUAAAGUUGCAGCAUACCAUCGAUGCAAUUGGGAGCUGAGGAAUUGUGGGCUGUAUGAAGGCUGGAAGGUCUUGGUGGUGAUGGGUUGUCCUAGGAUCACAAGAACAUUUAAUAGGAUAUUAGCAGCUGGUGGAGCUGAAAUAGCAUCAAAGAAAGAUACCACAGAUGUUGAUUUUGUAAUAACAAAAAAGGAUUUAAUGAAAUAUGCUCAAGCCAUGGUGAACAGCUUUGUACCUUUGGUAGAUGUCACUUAUGUCAAGGACACACUACUGUUUAGGAACGACCCUGCUGAUUUGAAGAAGUGUGAUCUCCGUCACCAACAUGACUUUGAAAUCCCUUCCAAAUCUGCUGCCACUACCUCAUAUCAUUCAAAAUCUGAUUAUAAGGCUCAAGGCUACUGUGCUUCACCCAGGAAACCUGCAGCUGAUACUUUACAAGCCAAGAGAAAGGAGACUUGCAUCCAAACAAAGCAAACAACUAUGACACAGUUUCUGAAACCAUCAAUAAAAGAAGUGAAUAAGAUUUCUAAAGAGAAAGAGGACAAAAAUCUUCCAGUCACAAACUCUGCUGCAAUGCAGUACACACAGCCAAAAAGCAUAUGUGAAGGUCAGCCUAAAGUAAAAUCUGUAAAUGUUGAACCUUUGCCAUUAACAACACACCAUUUUAAGUUGAGGGGAUGUUCUGUUAUUGUAGAGAAACUGGUAUGCAAAAAUUAUCCAAAUCUUUUAGUGAAAGAUCCAAAUCCAAAAGCUGUGAUGAAAUCCAAAAAUUUAGCAAUGGAACAUUCUCUUACAAAUCAUGUCUUGACAGAAGAGAAUGAAGCAGCACCACUCACAUCAUCUCAGUGCAAUACAGUCUUCUCUUCUGAGAUCAAGAAAAGGGCAGUGCCAUCUAUGUCACGUGAGUGCAGUCCAGCCUCCUUGCCGGAGCUCAAGAAGGGAAAAGUGCUACCAAAGACCCCGUCAUUUACUAUAACAAAAUCUCAUGCCAAGAAAGCUAUUUUAAACUUCCUAAGAACAAGAGGAUGUUUAAAUGAAGUCUGUUGUACAAAUUUGUGCUUAAUUCCAACAGAAAGCACUGAAAGUGAAUCCUGUACAAGAGAGACUAUUACUCAGCAAGAUUCAUUUACUCCAGAUGAACCCAGAGAAAUGACAAAAAUGGAAAUUAAUCUUUAUACAUGUUUUCUUGCUCCUGAAUUACAUGACCAAGAACUUGAUAUUCAUGGAUUGGACUUCUUGUUGGAUCAGCUGUCAUCUUACCUGUAUCCUCCACCUGCCAUCAUGGGAAGCCUUCUGAGGGACUUGAUUCUAGAGACACCAAGCCGCAUUGUCCACUCCAGAGCUCUUAGAGUGGCAUAUAGGGUUCUGAGUUUGCAUCCUCCUGCCACUACAAAAAUGCGAAAGUACUACUUGCGUCUAUUGGAGAAGGCAGUGCAGGAGAAAGCUUCUGGAAACUACAUUGCAUGGACUUUCAUACAAAGGAUUAUUCAUUGUGCCUUGAAGGACAGUGAUAAGACUGUACCAAGUCCAGACACACAGGAAAACGAGGGCCUUGAUGGAGCUACAAAGGCACUUGAUCUUCUUGAGUUUCUUAUCACCCUCAUCAUAGAAGAUAUAAAAAAUUCUCCAUAUGGGAAAGCAGUGCAGGAACUUCUUACCUGGUAUAUAUUCUGGGGUCCCUCAAGAACCUGUAAUGUGUUGACACUCCCUGUGAAGCAACUCCUUCAACUGUGGAUUUCCCAGGAGACCCCUGUUGCUCUCAGGAGGCCUCUUGCCCACCUUGUCACCAUAGUGCUUGAGUUGAUGUGGAAGUUCAGUGGUGACCCCCUUGUUCCAGUAACUACACUCCCAGACACUCUUGCUGCCAUGGGAAAAGAAAUUCAGAUUUGCUGUAAAGGUUUCAGUUUUGAGGAGAGACUGGAGGCAUUAAGGGGCCUGCCCAAUCCCUGGGUCCAGUGCAUAGUCUCCUCUGUCCUCCUCCAGGAAGCUAUUCAGUGCCCCAGGAUUAUAUCACUAGCAAGUAUUGUGGAUUUGUUCUAUUCUACAACCAGUAACAGCAAGAAUAGUGCAUUAUACAAACCUGAAUAUACAAAACAGGUCAGCAACAAUCUGUCACAUAAGGAGAAUGAGGAAUCACCAGUGGCACACAGGGACUCCUUACCAAACUUUAACAGAAGAAAUUCAAAAUGUGAAGAUUUACUGAGAACUCGAACCAGGGAUGGAAAGACGGCUUUGGAUUUGGCACCUACCAAGGAAAUGUUCAGGUUGCUGAUGAAGUACAAGGGAAAUUCUGCGAGUUGCAUACCCAGAAGCAUUUCUCCCACCAUGGAGGACCAGAAGUAUCACAGAGAGCUUCUGGUGACUCUGGCCAACUGCUACCUGGAAGUCUCAGGCAAUAGAUACAUUUAUUACACCAUCACAAAAUGUAUUUAUAAAGUUGCAAAAGAAAAUUUAAAAAAGGAGAAAACUGAAGAGACAGACAUGGAUGAUGAUGAAUGUCAGGUAGUUGAUAAAAAGAUGGAAAAAGAAAUAACACAGAAGAGAACUUCACAGUAUUUAACUCUAACUGAAAAUGAAAGCUUGGGAAAUCUGAGUGAGCUUGAAGAAAAUGCUGUUACCAGGGUGUACAAAGGUAUCCAGGUGGAUAAGGAAGUGCUCAAAAAGCGGCCAUUGCAAAACAGCGCCCCUGUGAAAAAGGUAGAUGCAAGGCUUGUAUUUAGAACUUUGUGCUUGUAAUGAACAGACAUUUAGUCCUCAUUCAUGCAGGCAGGAACUGAGCCAGUUGUAUCAACCAAGACAGGAUAAUACUGUCACCUUGUUCCUCGCACAUUGUAUAGGGUGAUUAGAUGGGAUGGAGUCUGAGGACUUGAAAGGUCCCUCCUCUAUAUAUUUAUUCCUAAAAGGAGAAAAGAUAUGAUAUAUCAGCCUGUUGCAAGAAGUAGAUAUACUUUAAAUAUAUUAGAUUAUUGUAUUUAUUAUUACAGAGUUUUAUCAUAUUCCACAAAUAUUUUAAGGUAGCUACAAAAUUGUUAUAUAAGCAAUAGAAGACAAAUGAAUAAUGGCAACAGUGCUAGGUAGUACAUAUCUCUUGAUAUCCACAUUGUCAGUACAUAUGUUUUUUUUUUUUUUAAUAAUGAACAUAAACACUUUAAAACAAGAGUUGGCCAAGCAGUGUUUUCAUGUUCGUUAAUGGAAUGAAAACUUCAGUAAGUGAGCGGUGUUCUUGUCUUGAGUAUUGUUUUUUAAUGUUGAUAUGGAUAAUGUUACAAAUGAGAUGAAUGUGAUAAUGCUAGGUACCAAUGAAUGCUGAUGGUAAGAGUAACAUCUGAAUUAGCUACUGAGUGGAGCUAGUAGUACACUGGUGGAUAAUUCAGGAAAGACAUUAAGACGGAUAGUGAAGGAGAAAGAAUAUUUCCAAGUACGUGUGUCUAGCUAGGAUUGCAAGUUAAUGUGAAUGGAGGAAUAUUUGUAGAGUGAAGCUUGGAAUGAAUGAAGCAAGUGAGAAAUAAAAUGUAUAUAGAG